UUCUUUCAAUGGGCACUGAGACCUGGGCUAUCGCUGAGCUCAAUCGCGGACAUCCCGUCAGAGCUCCAAAGCUACAGGGGCCAAGCUCCCAAAGCUCACUCUAGCGGAUACUACCUCAGGUACCCCGCUGACCCGGAGUUCGGAUCGAACCAUUUCGCGAACUUCAACCGCCAUCACCACUUACCUUUGCUAUCGAAUAUCAAACCAAUUAUGUUACUUGCAAAGAGCCUAUAGCACCAAAGCCGAGUCAAAACCGAGUAUCAGUACAGCCAUCCAUGUCCACCCAAAGAGCCCUCUGGUUCGUCGCCAGCAAAGCCAGCAAAAAGCCCUCACCACAAGGCACUCAAGCUGGCACCAUCUAUAUCCACUGCCACGUCAAACCAGGCGCGAGCAAAACCCGCGAAGGCGUAACAUCCAUAACCGACGAAGCAGUCGAGAUAUGUGUCGCCGCUCAGGCGAAGGAGGGAGAGGCGAAUAAAGCUGUGGUCAAGGUUUUGAGUGAGGCUCUCAAUCUCCCCAAGUCCAACCUCGAGAUCACUCAGGGUCUCAAGUCCAGAGCCAAGACCAUUGCUGUUGCUGCCCCUGGGUCGUGGGUUGGUGGUAGUGGCGGCGAGGCGGAGUGUCUUGAGACGGUGAAGGCGCAUUUGAACAAGGCGACCGAGGCAUAAUUCCAUAUGGCCGGAUAAUGCUCUCAAGACAGCGAGCGCCAUCUGAAUGAUCGUACAAUAGUCGACACGGUUCUGUAUGUUCCCGCUCAAUCUCGGGAAGCAAGGGUAUACAAAGAUCUCCACAGACCAAAAGUCGUCCGGUUGACCCUUAUCGACGCGGAACCAGCUCCGCGCAUCCCGAUCUUUCUUUAAACGCGGGUAUCGAUAUCAUAUCCUCAUUAAUCAUAACAUGCGUCAAUCUCUGGAUGGCAGCAUCAUCGUCUUCACC